GAGCCGAGCGGAGCCGAGCCGAGCCGAGCCGCACCGCGCCCGCAGGGGCCCCGGCCGCCCCGCGCCUCCCCCGCCGCGCAUGGGGCGCGCAACCUCCGCGGGCGCGCAGCUGCCCCGCCGGCGUUGAGGGACCAGGACAGCCGGAGCGCCGACCUCCGCCGGCCCCCGGGCAUGCCCGCCCCGCUGGGCGCCGCCUGCCCCGCCGCUGAGCGCUGCCGCGGGCGCGGGGCGGCGCGCCCGGAUGGAGAGCUGAGGCGGUGAGCCCCGCCGGGCCGGGCCGGGCGGGCCGGGAGACGUGACGAUGUGGAUGCGACGGCUCCCGGGAAGCAGGUCAGGUUGCCCGCUCGGAAGCCAUGCUUGGAUUUUAAUAGCCAUGUUCCACCUAGCCAUGGACCUCGCCAGCUGCCAGCCCCCAGCCAGCGGCGCCGGGGGGAGGCUCUCACCACGGCCGGCGCUCCGGCACAGACUGUCCCACGGCUCGCUGUGGGGCACGGGGAGCGGGGAGGAGAUACGGCGCCCCGGCCCCCCCUGGACCUGCACCCCCGAGCCCUCCCUACAGAGACCCCGCGCCCGCCGGCCACCCCCCGCCACCCCGCUGCCCGCCGGCCGCCCCCCGCGCCGGGCCCGCUCCCGGAGAGGCCGGCGGCACCUGCGCGGCCACAGCUUUGCCCCGCGGGACGGGCGGCCCACGGCGCUGCCCGAGGUCAUCGUCUGGGGCCCCACGGGCGAGGAGGACUCCCUGGAGAGCAGCACGCUGCCCAGCACCUUCGCCACCACUGCCGCCACCACCACCACCGCCGCGACCACCACCACCGCCGCCGCUGCCGUCACUGCGGCUGCCACGCCGCCUCGCGCGCCCCCCAGCACCCCGGCUCCCGCGCCCGGCAGGGACGGACCCCGCAGCAGCCCCGGCCGCACCAGCACCGCCGAGCCAGCCGCCGGCCACAGCAGCGGUGGCAAGGACGCUCGCCCGCCCCGCGGGCUGGGGGACAGCUCAGGUCUGGCGGUUCAUCAGAUAAUCACUAUUACCGUGUCCCUCAUCAUGGUCAUUGCUGCUCUGAUAACAACUCUUGUCUUAAAAAAUUGCUGCGCGCAGAGCGGGCGCCCGCGGCGCAACAGCCACCAGCGCAAGCUGGACCAGCAAGAGGAGAGCUGCCAGAACCUGACCGACUUCGCCCCCGCCCGCGUGCCCAGCGCCCUCGACAUCUUCACCGCCUACAACGAGACGCUGCAGUGCUCCCACGAGUGCGUCCGGACCCCCGUGCCCGUCUACGCGGAGGAGGCGUUACGCUCGCCCGGGGAUUAUAAAACAACCUUCAAUGGAAACAGACCCUCUUCUUCUGACCGGCAUCUUAUUCCCGUGGCCUUUGUGUCUGAGAAAUGGUUUGAAAUCUCCUGCUGACUGGCCGAAGCCUGUUUGACUUCUGGGGGCAGGGCAGACGCCAUCGGGCUGUUUCCUGGAUUCCAUUGGUGAACCUGUAAAAAAUAUAAAAAAUAAUGGGUUACCUGUACCUACCAUUUCUGUUUACCAGUAGGAGACUCAAAGAGCAGCGUUCUAUGGGCCAAAUAUAUUUUUAUAAAAAUGAACACGCCUAUAGGGAACUGCGUUUUUCAAAGAGCGCGUUUUUUGGAGAAGAGAAAGAGAAAGGUGGAGCAAAGGAUCCCGUGGAGGAAGAGGAACCGGCGAGGGACGGACUGGGAGGGGAGGACCGAGCGCUUGGAGCCUGGACGGGGACUGUGACUCUGAACCUGUGCCAAUAAUACCAUUAUGUGCCAUGUAACGAUGCAAAGACUUCGCGAGAAGCCGAAGCUAAGUCGCUAACGCCUGGAGCCGUUGGGGAGGACGAGGGGGGCGUCUCUUCUGGUGGGGUCAUUCAUUCCGGUCCAUACGCAUACAUACGUGCGAUAGAUGUAGAGAGAAAAUAUAUAUAUACACACACAAACACUUUUUCUACUGUAGCAAUUUUUGAAGAUCUUAAAUACUCAUUUUUAAAGACGACGUCACGGGCUAAAAGUCUAAUUUCUUUAACGCGCAUAAUACGAACUAGGUGAACUGAUGUUUUCUACUUUGGCAGCUUGCCUUUCAAACCUAUAUGUGUAUAUAUAGGCAGACAUAUAUACAUAUAUGUAUGUGUGUGUGUGUAUGUAUAAGCAUAUAUAUGUAUGUAUACAUAUAUAUAGUUUUGGUUCUUUUUGGAAAUGCGUUUCCAGUGGUGGCGAUGCGAGCGGACCGCAGCAGCGGGCGGCAGGGGUCAGCCCGGGCUGGCUCUGAGCGCGGUGCCGGCGCGGCAGCCUGCCGGCGGGGAGCGGGGCAGAGGCUUCCCAAAACCGGCUGCGCUGCCCGUGGUUCCUCCGGUGCUGGAAGGGAUGGCGGGGAGCUCGGGAGGAGGGGUGCGGGGCGGUGCGGGGCAGGGAGCUCGCAGCAGGCAGGGCCCCCGGCUCCUGGGAGCUCGCAGCAGCCCGAGGCGGCGGUGAAGGCUGUUUCCAGACUUUUGUAGCCCGAUACAUCGUGAAGGGAGAUAGGAAGAAGCCCGAAAGCCUGCGUCCGCCCUUCGUUUCGCAGAGCCGCGGUCCCCGCUCUGUUAGGCGUGAUGCCUCGGGGCUGGCUGGGGACGAGUUUUAGGCGUGGAUUUUCAAAGGAUGAGCCUCUCUCGGCACAGGAGACAAACUUCAGCACUGGGAUGUGGGAGGUUUUUUGGAAAAUGGCUUCUAAGUUGGCCACGACACCAAAGCUUGCUCAGCCCCUUGUCAAGAAACAAGAAAGGAAGAAGCCGAUCGACUGCCUCCCGACCCAGCCUGGGGCAGCGAGCUCCGGGGAGCAUCUCCCUUGGCUCCCGGGGUCUUGGCCGGGUCUGCCGUGGCAGGAGAAGGUGCGGCCCGCUGUCCGCAAUCAAGGGGAUCAUUUAAUAGUAUUAAAAAGGGAAUUUUGCCCAACAGUUUGCCAGGGAAGUACGGUUCACUGGCUCCGGUUUGAUGCGUUGCUCUAGAGACACAUCCCAUCGCCUGUCCCAGCGUGGUUUAGGUGGGUGCUGACAAGCAUGGCAGCCUACCCGCAAGCCCCCCCGUCCAAGUCUUUCCACGGAGUCGGGUGCUGCCGUGCCGUGCCGUGCCGUGCCGUGCCGUGCC